AUGCCGCUUCCUGGUGGUCAGGUUAAGGAUGCUGCUCGAUAUAGUAGUGAGGAGGAGCCACAGAGAGACAGAGUCGGGGGAGAGGGAGACACGUUUGUCUCGACGGGCUUCGACGUCUACCAUAAACCGAUUGAGAGUUACGAGGGAUAUCAUCGAUAUGACCCAGACUUCCAGUGGACGGAGAAGGAGGAGCGCAAGAUUGUUCGAAAGAUCGAUUAUCGCAUCUGCUCCUGGGUGUGUCUAAUGUUCUUCGCAUUGCAGCUGGACCGCAGCAACAUCCAGCAAGCACUCAGUGACAACAUGCUCCCCGAUCUAGGCCUCACAACAAACGACUACAACUACGGCCAGACGAUCUUCUACCUGUGCUUCCUGUGUGCCGAGCUGCCAUCGCAACUAGUUUCAAAGAAGAUUGGCCCCGACAACUGGAUACCGAUCCAGAUGGUGUCGUGGAGUCUCGUCGCCAGCUGUCAAGCCUUCCUCACAGGCCGGUCUUCAUUCUUCGCCUGCCGUGCGUUGCUGGGCCUGAUUGAGGGCGGAUUCAUCCCCGAUAACGUGCUAUACCUCUCAUACUGGUACAAGGGCAACGAGCUCCCCACCCGCCUCAGCUGGUUCUGGGUCUCCUACCAAGCAACCAACAUCGUAGGCGCCUUUCUCGCCUUCGGCAUCCUGCGUCUGCGCGGACACAACAGCCUCGAGGGCUGGCGCUGGCUCUUCGCGCUCGAAGGCAUGCUGACCGGCCUCAUCGGCAUCGUCUCCUUCUUCUACCUCGCCCCGUCCCCGACCCAGACGGCAAGCUGGUUCCGCGGCAAGGACGGCUGGUUCACGGAGCACGAGGAGAAGAUCAUGGUCAAUCGCGUGCUGCGCGACGACCCGUCCAAGGGCGACAUGCAUAACCGCCAGGCGCUCGACUGGCGCAUGCUGUGGGCUUGUAUCGCGGACUACCAUAUGUGGCCCAUCUACCUCAUCGGUCUGUCCUGGCUCAUCCCCAACCAGCCUGCCACCGCGUACCUCUCGCUCCAGAUCCGCAGCCUGGGCUUCGGCACAUUGCAAACUACCCUCCUCACCAUCCCCGCCUACGCCCUCUUCAUCCUCCAACUCCUCUUCUGGACCUGGCUCUCCGAACGAACCGGCCAACGCUUCUACACCAUCCUAACCGCCCAACUCUGGGCCCUCCCCCUCCUCCUCGCCCUCGAAUUCCUGCCCGCCGCCCAACCCUCCCCCUGGCCCCGCUGGACCCUCUCCACCCUCCUCGUCGGCCACCCCUACAUCCACGCCAUCCUCGUCAGCCUCACCUCGCGCAACGCCGGCGCCGUCCGCACCCGCACCUUCGCCGCCGCGCUCUACAACAUGGCCGUGCAGGCGAGCAAUAUCGUCGGGCAGAAUAUCUAUAGGGAUGCGGAUGCGCCGCUGUAUCGCGUGGGGAAUAGGGUGUUGUUGGGGAUUUGUGUGUGGAAUGGGGUGUUGGUGCUGGGGGCGAGGGCGUAUUAUGUGCGGGUUAAUGCGGGGAGGGAGAGGGUUUGGGGGGAGUGGGCGGUUGGGGAGAGGGAGGGGUAUUUGAGGGGGACUACGGAGAGGGGGAAUAAGAGGGUGGAUUUCAGGUUUGCGAUUUGA